AUGGCAAUCCUCACGUACUUUGGCGGUGUCGUCGGCGCGCUCGCAAUUCUGCUCUAUCGCCUCCUCCGCAUACCAAGCAAUCUGCCCAAAAACAUACCUGCAGUCCCCAUUUACAUCAGCCUUCUGGGCCUUUGGUCGGACAUGGGACAAGAUGAGAUCUAUGACCGAUGGCUUCGUCAACCACUGGAGAAAUACGGUGCUGUCAAGAUCUGGUUCGCAGGCCGAUGGAACCUGCUCGUCACUCGACCAGAAUAUCUAAGCGACAUGCUGAAACACGAGGACGUUUUCGCAAAGGCUGGCAGCCAGAAGAAAAUCCCGUGGAGUGUGAUAUCGUCCUUGGUGGGCGACAACAUCAUCAACUCCCAUGGGGACGAUUGGAAGUUGUACACCUCCGUCAUGAAGCCGGGAUUGCAAAAGACCAACUUCGACUCCAAACCUAUACUGGACAAGUCGCGGAGGUUUGUUGAUAUACUGCUGAACACGCAAAAGGAUAUAGGUGCGAAUAACGGAUUCCUGGUAAACCCGAUCAUACAGAGAUUUGCAAUCGCAGCAAUGGGCGAGAGCUUUCUCGACAUUGAUUUUGAAUGUCUCGAACGACCAAACGCCCGCAUCGAAGUACUGCAGAGCAUCAUCAAACGCACGAUAUUCAAACCACUGUACUUCAAUUUCCCGGUCCUCGAUAUGUAUCCAUAUAUCUUUCGUUCCAGGCGACGAGCUUUUGCAAUCAUGAAAGAGUUUGAGGAUCUCUUGUAUGACCUUGUUCGAAAUCGGCCGCGAAAGCUAUUGCGCAAAGAGCCAGUCAAGCCUGAAGAUGAGCUUGUGGUACACAUGAUGGAAAGGGCGCUGGACGAGGGAAUCAUCAAUGAACAACAAUUCCGUGCAAAUUUAAAAAUUGUGUUUUUGACCGCACAUGAGAACACGCAGCAGCUGCUCAAUUCCAUGUUUUGGCAGCUGGGUUCCGAUCAAACGAUCCAGGACAAGCUUCGAGCGGAGGUUUUGGCGACAGGAGUCACCAACCCAACCAGCGAGACACUCAACAAGCUACCCUACCUGACCAGCCUCAUCUGUGAGCUCCUACGAGUCUACCCACCCGUGUCUCAGUUGAUCAAUCGCGUCUCUCUAGAGCCGUACGUCCUCGGAGGUGAAAUCAAUAUCCCCAAGGGUACCUGGGUCGGUUGGAACGCACCCGGAGUGCAAAGCUCCGAGGCCGCCUGGGGAAAGACAGCUCGACAAUUCAUUCCAGAGAGGUGGGGAGAUAAGCCAGAAGAGAUCAUGGCCAAGGCCCGACGGGAAACCGUCAAAGGAAGAUACAUUGCAUUCAACGCUUACAACAGGAAGUGUUUGGGGCAAGGGUACGCGUUGUUAGAGAUGAAGAUGGUUCUGUUCGAGCUUGUGAGACGAGUCAAGUGGACAGUUGAUCCGCAAUAUCGGCUAAAAUUGACUUCGGGAGGUAUUCUUGCUCCUUUGGGAUGCAAAAUUAGAUUCGAAGAGCUCGAUUCCAGCAGGUUGAAUGCAGACAGCGUCACGUAG